AUAAAAAAACUAACCUGAGAUAGCGUCAAGGUAAAUCCAAAUCCCGCGUUAGCUUUCUGCUUCACCUCUUCUUAUAAGAAACAGACAAGAGCACCGAGGCGCAAGAGAGAAAGCAACGAUGGGAAAGGAUCGGAAAGUUGGUGUGGCUAUGGACUUCUCGGGAGGCAGCAAGAAUGCUCUGAAAUGGUCCCUUGAAAAUUUGGCUGAUAAAGGCGACACCUUUUACAUCAUCCAUGUCAGCCCCAACUCUCUCGACGACUCUCACAAAACUCUCUGGGCCAAAUCCGGUUCUCCUCUGAUCCCACUGACACAGUUCAGAGAGCCAGAGGUCAUGAACAAGUACGAUGUUUCAAUCGACAUCGAAGUUCUUGAUUUGCUCGAUACUGCUUCCAGGCAGAAAGAGGUGAAUAUUGUGACGAAAUUGUAUUGGGGUGAUGCGAGGGAGAAACUUUUGGACGCGAUCGAAGAUCUGAAGCUGGACUCUCUGGUUGUAGGAAGCAGAGGUCUUAGCACAAUCAAAAGGAUCAUACUGGGAAGCGUGAGCAACUUUGUGAUGACACACGCUUCUUGCCCUGUGACUAUUGUGAAGGAUUUGAGCAGCAGCAGCAAGAAGUAGAGACAUUAUCAUUCAUCAAAUUGGGACGGAGCUGCUACUUUGAAUGUUCUUCUUUUCUUGUAUUUGAUCUCAUCUCCUUGUUGGUCGUGUGGCGUGAUUAUUCUAAAUGGCGUUCCCAAUUUCUUCCCUUUGAAAUUUUCGAAUAAUGCAGCUUAAAUUCCAUCGCCGAGGGUAUGAAUUAGUCCAAAUUUCAUUUAACUUGGACACUUUAGAUCUA